AAAAUAAGGUAUAAAUAGUAGGUCUUGAAAUAUAGAUAACGAGUGGCAGCUUUUGUGACCAAGUUAAUGCGAUAAACAUUUAUUUUGACAGGAUUAAAACGUUAAUAUCACCUUUUUACAUAUAUGUAAAAGUCUCGAAGUUACUUGUUAGCUGACAUAAUACUGACAUCAUUAUGAAAUUGAACAUUCACUGGCCAAGUGUGGCAUACGCAUCUACCAGUGUUGGUAGUGGGAUGAUGGGCUCUGUAUUCUUCUUCUACUAUGUAAAAGUUUUUCUCAACAUGUACAAGAUAUCAGAAGCCUGGUUCCAAGCUUCCCAAGUAAUCUACAUGGUAUGGAAUGCUGUGAAUGAUCCGUUGUUUGGAUACAUGCAGGACAAUGGGAAGUGGGCAUGUGUGAAAUCAAGGAGACAUUCCAUCUUAUAUGGUGCAGUUUUUUACUCAAUUGCAUUCCUAGUGCCAUGGUUUAAAUGGGGAUCAUAUGAACCUGGCAGUUGGUUAUGCGGGAUCCACCUGAUCAUAUCCCUGUGCUUUUAUGACACUUUACUGACAUUUGUUUUACUUGCCCAGUCAGCACUUUUCACGGAGAUGUCCAGCAAGCAGUCUGAUAGGGUGCAGUUAAUAAAGUACUGUCAAAUCGCAUCUCUGAUUGGGUCAACAUCAGUGUUCUUCUGUGACUAUGUAUCAGAUAACUUGACCAAUUUCGGUAACUUUCAAAUUGCUUGUGUCAUCAUAGCGGUGCUGUCGUUUUUCUUCAUGUCAUACACUGGAAGAAAUGCAGAUACAAAUUACAUUCCAAAAGCGACGUCUCUCCCAAAAACACAAGCUGAUAUCAUUGACAAAAAAGAAGACAGUGACAAACCAUCAAUAUUAAAACUAACAUGGCAGAUUGUGUCCCAACGAAACUUUCUCUGUUUUGUAUUCGUUAAUUUUUGCACAAUCUUUGAGACAACAUUUGUGGCGAACUUUGUAGUGAUCUUGGUUGAGAAUUUGAUUCCGCAAGAAUAUCUGCCAUCCCAUGUUAGAAGUUUCUAUUUUGGUCUUUUCUUCAUUGUACCCCAGAUUACCGUGAUUUUCCUUACUCCUUUCACCGCCAGAAUGGGAGGGUCAUAUUAUGUGAUCAGAAGCAGUAUGUGGCUGAGAAUUGCAGCUGGUAUCACCAUGUUUUUUCUUGGAAGGAGGUACUAUAUUCUCAUGCUGAUAUACUUCCUGUUGGCCAAGGGGCUUGCCAAAUCCACCUUUAGUUUCUUCAACAUGACUGUGUCGGACAUCAUAGAUACAGAUAUGCAGCAGUUCCAACGCAAAGAGCCAAUUUCUUCAUCUAUAUUUGGAACAAAUGCUUUGAUAACAAAACCAGCCCAUUCAUUUGCUCCGAUGUUUGCAGUGGCUGUUUUCAACAGAUACGGAUAUGAGCAGUUAAAGGACAAAACUUUAACAGACGCUAAGGACAUAAGCCAUUUACACGAUAUGAUGUUUUCUGUAAUGUGUUUAAUACCUGUCAUAGCAGGGUUUCUACAGUUAACAGUAUGGUCAUUGUAUACAUUGAGAAAUACGCAGGAUGCUGUUGCUAAAACAAAUGGAAAUUAAGAUUUUUUGGACAAGUGACUACUCAUCUUCACCUGUUAACACAGCAUUAAUUUGAAUUAGAUCUUGAUUAAAGCAUGGGAUGGAUUUCUGAUGACACAACUUCAAUAUUAUUAUACGAGUAUGUUGCAGUACUAAUAGUUCUAAAAGUAUGUGGUGCCGUUUUAUGAGUGAUCAUAUUUUUACCGCAAGUGAUGACAUAUUGUAAAUGUUAUAUAUCUCCAACUUUUUGGGGAACAUCAUUCAGUAUCUCUGUAACAAAUGGCAGGUGUUGAUAUUUUGCAUGUUAAUGGUGUCAUAUCAGUGUUGCUAUGUACUUUUGCAUCUGCUUCAAAAUACUGUACCCCUAGUAUUUUUCGCAUGUGAUUUAGUU